CUGCAAUGUCUGAUGGAUCCGCUAGCCGGCAGCCCUGUACGGUGUAUGAUGUGGGUUGUGUAAUACCAAACAAAUCCGCCAGGCAGCAUUGCUGCACAACCUUUGACCCAUUGGUGGCAGUUUUGAAAAUGGCGGCCAUUCAGGAUUGUUUUCAAUCUCAUUCGGUCAUUUUGAUGGACGUUUUCUCUAAUAUUUCAAACAGCAAACGGACUUAAAACUUCCCGAAAGAUUAUUCGAUAUCUAAACCAUGUCUGAAAGUUUUGUUGAGCCCCAAGACGUCCCGAUAGCGGAGUUAAAAGAGCGGAUUCGACAGGCGGAACGUCUGCGGCAGCCCUUGGCGCCUGUCCCCGCCUCCGUGUUGGCAGUCUAUCGGUACCUGGUGGGCGGUGAUUUUGAGGGGGAGACAGGAGAGGACCCAGGUCAGGAGCAGGACGUGUUUGACAUCGUCGUAACCGAUGGACUCCACAAGAUCAAAUGUCUGCUGAGUCCCAAACUCAACCACCUGGUGCACAGGAACGAGCUGUGUGCUGGUUGCCAUGUGACCUUACAUGACCUGACCCUGCGGUACAACGAGGGUGACGUGCAGGGGGACAGCUUCAUCAUCAUCAAGGAUGUGAAGUUUCGGCUCGGCACCUUCAGCUCAGACGACCCAGACGCCAUCCCUGAUUGGUCGAAUGCGUUGCCCCCGGAGACGGGCCACCACCCGCUCACCGGCCGCUGGGGCCACUACCUGCCCCUGUGGAACAACGAGGACCCCUAUGGGGAGCAAUGGGAACUGCAGGAAGCUGAAGAAAACGAGAACAACGAUCCGUACGCAGACUUUGAUCGUAUCGAGCUGAAGAAGCUGGCGUCCAAGUACAAGAACAUCAGCCGGCCGUACCCGGUCGUGGUGGGCAGGGUUCUGGCCAGGGGGAGGGCACACCACUACGGCAAACCUGGCAGGGACAAGGAAAAGUGGACCUAUCAGGGCUACCUUGAGCUGGGAGACUCAUCAGGCACAGCCUCCAUGGUGCUAUGGGGUUCCACAGUUCCUGCCCUGUACAACAAACUGGAGGUCGGAGCUGUAGUAAAAGUAGAGAACUACACCGUCCGCCAGGGCUUCGCCCUCCGUUCUCGUCCCGCGCUACACAACACCCAGCUCCCCUGCCUCAACAUCGAGCUCAACAUCAACUCCCGCAAGCCCGCUGCCGUGGUAACCGUCGUCCCCGACAACCAGGUGGACCCGGAGUGGGAUCUCCCAGAUGUGAAGUACAAGUUCGUGAGGAGUUCGGAGUUAGCGAUGACAGAGGAUCAGGCGAUCGUGGAUGUGCUCGGUCUGAGUACGUUUGUGGGCAGAUGGGAGCGGCUCCGCCGGCCGAUGUGCCCGCAGUUCUGGCAGUCGCGCUGGGUCCACGUGACGGACCAGACCAGCGCGGUACCCAUGGUCCUCCAGCUGUUCGCCACCUCGCAGCCCCGUAUCCAUGACAACAUCACGGCGGGGCACAUCGUGGUCGCCACGCACAUGAGGGUCAUGCAGAGCACUGUGGGAAGGGAGAAGAAGAAGUUUGUUUACCUGACGACCACCAGAGAGAGUCAGGUGUACACUACAGGGUUCCAUGGUUACCAUGGCUACCGUACGGAACAAGCCCUACACGACCUUGCUGAUUGGCUGCAGAGUGGCCAGGCCAGGCAGUGUGCCCUGAAGGCUGUGAUUGGAGGUUGCUAUGGUUACCCACCACUCCCUCCCACCCUGGAAGAGUACAAGGCUGGACAAGGGGAAGAGAAAGAUGUCAAGGUGACCCCAUUGCACCACCUGCCUGCAGAGUUGUCCUCCCUACACUACUGUGAAGGGAAAAGGCUUGUUGUCCAGGGAACCAUCGCUAUGGUAACCUACAUGCCACACCCACAGGAAGCAACAGACAGAGAACAACAUAAUAAUAGACAAGAAAGAGAGAAUAACAGAGGACAACUACAGAACGAUCAAGAACAACAGCAGAACAACCAAGAACAGUUGCAGAAUGAAAGAGAACGAUUACAGAAUGACAGAACAGUACAAAACGGGGCACAGACAGCCUCUACUUCUACCAGCACCAGACCUGUCCCCUCUACCAGUCACGAUCUUUCCUCGUCAGAUGAGGACAUCUUUAGCCCCAUUUCCGAGAGGCUGAGGUCAAGGUCGCAGGAAAGGUCGCCCAUGACGAAGGGUGGACCCGUGACUCGUGCAAGGUCAAAGGAUAUGGACUAUCAAUGGCAGCCGGUCAGUCUACUGAAGAGACCUGGAAGAAAAGAUAUGAGGAAAGCAGUGCGAGUGUUCGAGGAGCCCGAGACAGAGGACGCCGGUCCGAAGAGGAAGGUGAAGAAAAAACGAGGAAGGCCUGCACGUGGUCGGACGGACACGACAGCGGGGCCGUCCGGACAGCAGGAGUCUGCAGGGGGGACAUCGGAGAGGGAAAUUGACAUAGACAUCGAACUAGAGCCUCUUAGAGAAGAUGAAGAUCAAGCCAUGACAGUGAAUGUGAUCCAGUUGCCCCCUGCUCUGCCACGCCUAACGACAGGGCGGCUCCACCCGCUGACCACGCCCCGAGUCUGGCACCCGAGGCACUCAGACCUGGCCAGGGAGGCGCUACGUCUGCAGACUUCCGAACUGAGACCUGCCAGACAAGACAACACAAGAGUAGAAGACAUGCCUGUUCCUAAUGAUGAGAGCUAUUACAUCAUCACCCUCCUCGGGUUAAACAAUGACGUUGCCGUGGACAUGCUGUUCUUUCCCGUGAGAAACAGCGACCAUCGGGCAGCGUACAGCCACGACCACGACGGGUCAUUCCUUGCCAUGUUGGAAAAUGGCGGCAUGGCGAUGAACACAGAGGACCUGGGACUUCCCUCGCAUGAAGAGUUGUUGGACGUACGUCUGGUCUGUGUGCUGGACUGCUUUUCUCACGGAGGGGACAAUGUCGAACUGGUGCUCAACAGGGCCUACAGGGUCAGGUAGCGACCUUGACGUCAGGGUCAGGCAGUGAACUUUGCACUUGACCUUGUACAAGGAUAACCAUUAGUGACCAUGUGGACAAUCCUGUUGUUACUACAUUCUGGAGCUUAAAGAUAACAACAUCUAUAGCACAAGGAUGACUACAACACAUCAGGGCAUCCAAUCACAGCACUGUUAACACUGCAAGAUGUAAGAUCAGCCAAUCAGGGCAGUUCUUACAUCAAGUCUUGUGAUCACACUUUGUGAUGACCAAUCAGUGCCUUGCCUUGAGCACAAUGCCAUGAGAUGGCCAAUCAAAUUGUGUGGUUCUGACUGUUGCCAUGGCUACUAUAAAUGGUCCCACAGUUUCAUUGUUGUCAGAUCACCUAUACUUCAAGAAAUGAUGAUAUCUUUGUUGUGGUAUAAAACUAAACAACACCUAGUUGGUUGAUCGUUUAUGGUUGAAUGUCCAAAGUACAUCGUGCCAAUGGUUUUAUAUGUAUAUAUCAAUUCAAUGCUGGCAUGGUCAAUUAUAUCUACUUAUAUAUUUGCUUCUAUUCAGCCACAAUGUUCCUUGAAUGUUUUCCUAAGAAUUUAGUACUCUUAUCUUCUCGAUACAUGUGUGUGUAAAGGGAAUUCUUUUUAAGGGUUCUAACAAUGUUUUAUAUCUUUAAACUUAAGCCUAACAUUCGUGUACAUAUGUUCUCCAUAUGCUAACCCUCAUGAACUACAAAACAGUGUUUUUACAAAUAUUCACUAUGUACAAGAAGUACAAGUUGGCACAGGUAUAAGAAUUGCAAGUUGCAACCAUUUUUUACAUACAUAUUUAUAGACUAGUGCAAAGUCCCAUGGAUGUUUUCAGUUAUUUGAGAAGAUUACAAAUAAACAUUCGUCCAUCUUUGUCU